AUGCGUUACUCCCUUGUUGCUGCCGCCAUUGUCGGCUCAACAAUGGCAGCCCCGAAAUACUACGAGGCACUCCCAUCCGGCUACAGCAGCAUUCCCUCUUACCCUGCCUCGCCGCCACCGCCCUAUCCCACAUCUACUCCAUGUGAUGAAGAGGCAACGCCCACGCCCACGCCCAGCACCCCAGCUGGCGCAGUCUCGACUCCUGGCUCGAGUGCCCCAGUCUACCCGGCCUCAAGCUUCCCAGUCUACCCGGCCUCAAGCUUCCCAGUCUACCCGGCCUCGAGCCUCCCUCCCUCUGCGGAGUCGAGUGCCCCAGUUUACCCAGCCUCAAGCUUCCCAGUCUAUCCAGCUUCGAGCCUCCCUCCCUCUGCGGAGUCGAGCUACCCAGCCUACCCUGCCUCGAGCUACCCGGCCUAUCCAGCUUCGAGCCUUCCUCCCUCUGCGGAGUCAAGUUACCCAGCCUACCCGGCCUCGAGCUACCCGGCCUACCCAGCUUCGAGCUACCCAGCUCAGAACAGCUCGAGCACUCCAGCUGCCGCUAUCUCAACUCCCGCCUCAAGCAUCCCAGUGCUACCCAGCUUACCCAGCCUCGAGCCAGCCCGUAUCUCCUGCCUCGAGUGCCCCAGUCUACCCGGCCUCUAG